CUGAAAAACACACCAAGGACAAAGCACAUCUGUACGAAUGGAAAAGGAAACGACAGAUAGCGAAAUGUCGGGAAACGCGGGUGCUCCAGCUCCCGUACCUGGCACAUCAGCGGUUUUACCUCUAAGACAGGACUGCAGGCUCGUGUGCGUGGAGUACCCGGGGCUUGUCGUCAAUGUGGACAAGAUGCUGGAGACCCUUGGGGGGGAGAAAACGGUGUCAAAGACUUUCGCUGACCCUAGCAGGCGGAUCGAACUGAACUACCGGCCUCGCGAUCCCUACUGCCACCCGCAGUGCGCAAACCGCUUCACCACCACCAGCUUGCUUUUGCGCGUGUGGAAGCGGUCGCGCAAAGGGAGCGGCGCCGACGCACGAUUUGAAAUGGAGACGCUGGGAGUCAUUGGGACCUGCUACAAAUUCCAGGGGAUGAGUGACUUCCAGUAUCUGGCGAUGCACACGGAGGCGGACGGCACACAGACGUCCCUGUACGACAAGAUCCUCCUGUGCAAACCGGAAAAGAAGGACUUUUUCUACAAGGAGGUGCCCCUGUACAUCCCCCCGCCCAUUUUCUCCCGCCUGGAUAACCCGGUGGACUACUUCUACCGCCCUGACAUCCAACACAGGGAGGGGUACGUCCCACAGACGGUCUCCCACGACAACCUCAUCGGCCUGAGUCGUGCCCGUCGCCCCCACAACGCCAUAUUCGUAGCCUUCGAGGAGAAAGAGGUGCCCACCAAGCCGCUGGAGGCUGCGGUGCAGAACUGGAGACGGCUGUGCGUGCACCCGAGCGACAGCAAGAAGGAGCAGGAGAUUAAGGACAUGUUCGAGAGGCGGCCCGUCUGGUCUCGCAACGCGGUCAAGGCUAACCUGGACAUCCAGCCGGACAAGCUCAAGCUGCUCCUGCCGUAUGUGGCGUAUUACAUGCUGACCGGGCCCUGGAGGAGUCUUUGGGUGAGGUUUGGCUACGACCCCAGGAAGACCCCCGAGGCCAAGAUCUACCAAGUGCUGGACUUCAGGAUCCGCUGUGGGACAAAACACGGCUACGCAGUCAAUGACAUGCCGGUGAAGGCCAAGAGGAGCACUCUGAAUUACAGCCUGCCCAUCACUAUGAACAAGACUGCUCCUCAGCCUGCGAGCAUACGGGAGAUCUCCCAGGAAGGAGGCCAGCCAGUGGUGCAGAAACCUGUUUCUCCGAGAUACAAGCUGAAAGACUCGGCCUACAUAUUUCGCGAAGGCACCCUCCCCCCCUACAGACAGAUGUUCUUCCAGCUGUGCGACUUGGAAGUGGAGAGCAUAAAGAAGCUGAUCCACCAGAACGACGGGAAGGAGGAGGAGUGUAACGAGCGGGACGGCUGGUGUAUUCCCCGCACCUCUGACGAGCUCCGGGACAUCAUGUCCGCCUUGAUCAAGCAGACCAUCCGCGCCAGGAGACCAGCUGCUGUUCCCUCCACGUCCAAGAGUUCAGCAGCUUCCACACGCGGCCAACGGCGCCAGGAGGCAGAGAGCGGAGAGGAGGAAGAGGAUGAGGAGGGGGAGGAGGACGAAGACUUCCAGCCCUCGGAAGGCAGUGACAAUGAGAUGGAGACAGAGAUCCUGGACUACAUGUGAAUUUUCCUCACAAAACCAAACAGAGAAGCAAGAAAUAUUGUUUCUGCUGAGAGAUUGUUUUUUUCCACUCAUGUAAUAAUUUUUUAUUUUUUAUAAUUCUGCUUGAAAUGAUUGAAAAGCUGUAAAAUAAACUUGUUCAAAAAAAUCCUUA